AUCUAGAUCCCACAAUGACAGCUGAGGGCCAUGGUAAUCCUAAUCACAGGUUUCUUGUGAGAGUCCGACCAAUUCAUGAUAAUUCCUAUUAUCUCUGUCUUUCCUCAGAACAGCAGGGUCUAGAAGGUAUGACCAGGCGGUGAGUGGAGCUUGCGACUGAAUUAUUCUGCCAUCCGCUGCUGAGCAUCAACUUCUUGCUCGGAGUCCUUCUUCACUUCUCAAUGAUUGUGCUGGUCUAGCUUUGGAGCAGAGUUAAUCCCAAGUCCCAUUCUCCUCUCCGUGCGCGACACCAUGGCGCCCUCGACCACCGACGACUUGAAGUUCCUGUCCAAUGCUCUCGCAACGCCAGACCAACUCUCGAGCUCUUCAUCCUCCAUCGAUGGCGUUUCUCCCGACCUAGAAGCAUCCAUUCGCCUCGCCGGCACCCAGCUGACACAAGCCGCCGGAGUUCUCCUGCGAUUGUCGCAGGAUAUCAUCGCCCAGGCUGUCGUGACAUUCACUCGUUUUUGGAUCGGCCCCGAAGGAGGCAGUUUGCGGAUCUACUCAGUGAAGGAUGUCUCCGCCGCAGCGCUCUAUAUGACCGCCAAGCUAUCCUUCCAACCCACCUCCCCUCGCUCCGUCUUGAACGUCUACACCUUCCUUCUCUCCAAGGAUGCCUCGCCGCUAUGGUUCAUCAACCCGCAAGGAGCGCCCGAGAAACCUGCCCCGGAGACCUACUACCUCUCCGAAGGCGGGUACCAAGCGCAGCGAAUGACUCUGCUGCGGAUCGAGUCGAUCAUCCUGCGCACGUUGGGCUUCGACACGCACGUCGCGCUCCCUCACACCAUUGCCCUGACGUACCUGCAGACGCUAGGCGUGUCGUCGACGGGCGUGGCGCGCCGGGUCUUCGAGCAUCUCAACGCGUCGCUGUUCUCGCCGCAGCUGCUGUACGUCACGCAUCAGCCGAACGCGCUGGCCGUGUCGUCCAUCUAUCUCGCUGCGCGGGAGGAGGGCGUUAAGCUGGUAGAUGGCGAGUGGUGGGAGGUGUUUGAUGUGGACCGCGAGGAGCUCGGGUUCCUGGUGGUGGCGAUGAGGAGCAUGGAGGGGUUUGCGCGGGCUGAGAGGGAGAAGUGGUCAUCUAAGACGGUUCCCGUGGUGGUGGACGAGGUGGAAGCGGAGAUCGAGAGGCGGAGGAUGAUGGAGGAAGGAGAGUAA